CAGGAAUGAAAUUAACAGUUGAAUAAAUUAACAGUAAAGUAAUGUUGCUUUUUCUUCUACUUUUAGCUAAUCAUGASUGUUUCCAGUCCAUUAAAAAGAAGAAAACUUAGGAGUGACGAUUCUGGUGCUGAGAGUUUUGUUAAUAAACAGCAGCUAAGAGAUAAUCUUCUAGACGUUCUCUCAGAAAUCCAGGAAAAGAAAACAUUUGAAUUUGCAGUAGGUGGUAUUAGCAAAGAGCUUCCAAYGACACCUGGUAUUGAGAUAUCAGGUUAUGGUAUAGUAAGUUUACCAGUUACAGAAUUGACAGUGAAAGAUCUCAGAAAGCAUUUCAAUCAGGCACCGUAUGGCCUUGGUGAAGAUACAUUAAUUGACAAGGCAGUCAGAGACUCUUGGCAGCUUGACCCUGAGAAAUUUGAGAUCACUAAUCCAAGUUUUGUCACUUCUGUUACACAUCUUGUAGCUAAAAUUCAAGAUGGUCUUGGCUGUAGUAAGCAGAAAGUAACCUCACACCUUUACAAACUGCUGCUGUAUGAACCAGGUGGUCAUUUCAAACCUCAUCGAGACACAGAAAAACACCCAGGCAUGUUUGCAACCCUCAUCAU